UUCCCCACGCUCUAUGGCCCUGGGGUACUUCCGGUUCCGGUGUGGGAGCUGCGACUUUUGGGGCGGGUGAGGAAUGGCCUCUCCUGUCCUCUAAUCUGCGAGCUGGCCGGGGCUGGUGGCUGAGGGGGCUGUUUGACAGGGGAGCCCUGCUCUCUCGCUCGCUCUCAGGUGAACGGGGCCUAUUCGCUUGUGGGGAGGAGGGUGAAGCAGCCUGAGGGAGGGCGCUGUCCUGUGGGAGCCCCUUUGGCCUCAGGAAAAGAGGAUGUAAGAUAGAGAGACAUCUUGAUAUUGCAGAGAUAGGUGUAUUAACAUAACAUUCAUGCGCGGUUGCUGGGAGGGGGGGCGCUGUUUUGACACGUCAGCCCUGCUCCCUCUCUCAUAAUCUAUUAAUAUGUUAAUUAAUAUAUUAGUAGUAUACAGUGGUACCUCGGGUUAAGUACUUAAUUCGUUCCGGAGGUCUGUUCUUAACCUGAAACUGUUCUUAACCUGAAGCACCACUUUAGCUAAUGGGGCCUCCUCCUGCUGCCGCACAAUUUCUGUUCUCAUCCUGAAGCAAAGUUCUUAACCUGAAGCACUAUUUCUGGGUUAGCGGAGUCUGUAACCUGAAGCGUAUGUAACCUGAGGUACCACUGUAUAUUCAUAUAUUAGUAAUAUAUACUAUAAUCCGUGCAUUGGAAUUAUUGGGGUGGACUAUCUCAUUCUUCCCCUUUCUACUAUAUAUACACUUCACCCCAGUAAUUCCCACAUAUUGAUUAUAUAUAUUUAUAUUAAUAUCUAUAUCUAUCUAGCUAUAUAUAAACAGUGGUACCUUGGGUUACAGACGCUUCAGGUUACAGACUCCGCUAACCCAGAAAUAGUACCUCGGGCGAAGAACUUUGCUUCAGGAUGAGAACAGAAAUUGUGUGGCAGCGGCGCAGCAACAGCAGGGGGAGGUCCCAUUAGCUAAAGUAGUACCUCAGGUUAAGAACAGUUUCAGGUUAAGAACAGACCUCCAGAAUGAAUUAAGUUCUUAGCCUGAGGUACCGCUGUAUACACAUACAGAGAGGGAUGGUUUUGUGUGUGUGUGUGUGUGUGUGUGUGUAUAUAUAUAUAUAUAUAUAUAUAUAUAAAAUCGAUACGUAUGUGGGAAUUAUUGGGGUGGAGUAUUUCAGUUUCCCCCUUUCCACAACAGAGAAUAAGCUACCCAGUUCUCGGGAGCCAAAAUAUAAUUUUAAGAGUCAGAUCUGCCAUUAUAGGGCCAUUUAGGGAGGAGGGGGAGAUAUAAAAACAUAUUGAGGGUUGGAACAAUUUUUUUAAAAGACAUAUUUCAGGAUUUACUUUUCUUCCGCCCUCCACCCCCAACAGCACGUUUUUAAGCACCUCUGGAUUUUCCCUAGUUUCAGAGAGCAUUCCUGCCAUGGAGCAUUAAUUGUUUUUUGCCAAAAAAGGAGCUUUUCAGGAUCCAGUUGUAAGAUUCUGUCUUUUCUCAGGCUCACAGUGUUACAAAAGGAAUGAUGCACAAGGAAAAGAGGGGAGGGGAAGGGGGAAAGAAAAGAAAGCUACCUCAGGAGCCAGUUCUUAAAGAGAUUGUUUCUGGCUGGGGUGGAAAUAGUUCAGUUGGGGCCUGUCACUUGGUGGGCGACAGUUGGGGAGAAGAGCCAGCUGCAGCUGGUGUCUGCCCUGUGGUAUGGCUGCUGCUGGGUGACUGAUAGAAUAGAAUUGAGUCAGUAGGGAUGUUACAGUGGAUUAAGAUGUAUCUCUUUUUCCAGGCUAUUGAGGAAUUAUGACAAAAAUGCUCACUGCUGUCUCUUAACUCUUGUUUUUUUGGGGGAGGGGUUCCUGUGGUGUUACUGUUAAAACUUCAUGUUGAUUUAAAAAAGAAAAAAAAUUGCGGGUUGUAUCCAUCUAAAUUCUACUUGGAGUAGACCACUAAUGGACCUAAGUUAGUCAUAUCCAUUAAUUUCAGUGGUUCUACUCUGAGUAUGGCUAACAUUGGCACCAACCCUGUGUGUGCAAAUUGCUGAAGGACAUUUUAAUAUUAAGCAACAAAUCUAUAAUAAAUAGUAAAAAAUCAAGGGGAUAUUGCUGAAAUUUUCAGCAGCUACACCCAAAGGUGUACCUAGUUAUAUGUAUAGCCGAGAACGUAAUAUUCAAGUUCUCUAUCUAUAGAUGCCUGCCUUAGAAUAUUGUUCAUAAUGUUAUAUACUAUGUGGAAUAAUCCUAGGUGUGCUGUUUGCCAGGUUUGUGCCACAGUAUAAUAUUUUAUUUUUAUGUGGCCGUCUUUUCGUCUUCCUUCCCACCAAAUGUGUUAGCAUCAUAUUUUUGUGUAAUGAUGAUUUUUAAUUUAAUUAUGCUCAUGGUCACUUGCUAACUAUUCCAGCAUCACUGAUUUCCUGAAAGUCCUUUUCAUUAUUUCGCUUUCCUGAAUGGGACCUACUGCUCCCUUUCUGUCUUUUCAGCUUUUUUAAAGGAGUACAUAGAGAUAAGACUCCUCUGAAAAUGGCAAGCUGUGGCUCAGCUUCCAGAGGGGUAGCCAUGGUUUAAUCUGUUGCAGCAGAAGCAAUGAGAUCUAUUAGAAAUGUAAAAGACUUGCAGGUGUUGUGGCAUUAGCUUUCAUGAGCUAGAGUUCAUCAGGUGCUUGUCAUGAUGUGGACUCUGACCCAGGAAAGCUUAUGCUUUAAUAAAAGUGUUGGUCUCUAAGGUGCCACAAGAUUCUUUAUUGUUCAAGCAACGGCUCAGUUGCCUAAAAGCGUCAUGGUAGGGCUAGGACUUUCAGAGGUCUGUGGUGAAUGAGGUUUCUCUUUUUUUCAGGUGAGUCUGAAUGGUGAUGGGCUGCAGCUUGCAUUCAAAAGCUGUUUCAGUUUGUCAGCAGAAUUCAAAAGGCACUCGUGCCUCUGCUGAAUGCUGAGUGUGUGCUUUUAUGUACAUGUGCCCUCUUUGCAGGUAGCCAGGUCGCUUUUUAAUUGUUUGAGAGCACCUUCUCCUUCACCUACUGAGCUGAUUUCAAAGUCCAAACGAACAGUGUCCCAAAAAGGUGAGGCAGAGUGAACCUUUCCUACCCACAAGUUGGGAAGUGCAGAAAGAUGGGAAGUGUGUUCUGCUUUUUGUCUUGAAAAACAGCCCUGAUUCCCUGUGCUUCGGCUAAUUGCUUUGAAUUUUGGUGACUGCAGCCUGAAUAGAAUAGCUUUGCAAUGCUCUUGGAAUACGGAAUGGCAACUGGAGGUCCAUGGGACCGCAUCUUGACCCUCCUUGUUCUACUUUGCCUCAGGAGUACAGUAAAAAGGAGUAUAGUAAUAGGACUGGAGUGAACCAUUGGGAGAGAGUUUGAGGUAGGAAUUUGCUACUCCCCUUUCUGAAAGAGAUGAACUAGUUGCUGACUAGGCUACUAGCUGAGACUGUACGAAAUAUUUUGAAGAUGGGUGCUCUGUAGAUUAUAUUUUUGGUGUCUGUAACUCCUUGGCUUUUUUCCUUUUGAAGGAUUUAAACAAGACUGGAUUUUAUUUAUUUUUUAACAAGAGAAGAGCAUCAUUCAAAUACAUUGGCAUACAGAAAUAUUUAAGUCCACAUGAGAAGUAUGUGUUCCACGGAGAGGAAUGUUUCAGGACCAUCCAUGGGCUCUGCAGUAGCCUUCCCAACUCUUUGGGAUUUGCAAUCUCAGAUAUCUGAAAGUCACCACAUUGAGAAGGCUGCUCCAGGGGUUUGGACGCCCUGUCCAAUGACUUGCAUUUGGUGUCCAGUUUUAAAUUAGAAACAAGCAACGUUUCUAGAUUUCAUGGUGGUUUGGAAAUGUUUAGCGAAUCUGUAUGCUUGUAAAAAGAAUACACAGAUGAGGAUGGGUUUCUGCAUAGCAUUUUUCUGCAUGUAGGGUCCCCACUUGGGUAAAAGGAUGCACAUAUUUUGUAACGUAGGAGUGGCUAAUACACCAGCGAUUUUCUUGGAGAUGUCAAUCUGAUAGAUGAUCUGCUUCUUAGCAGCUUAUUUGAUUAAAUUUAAAUAUUUUUGCAUAUCUACAGGUUUCAGUAUAGAAAUUUCACCUUCAGAUAUUAAUGUGUGAGUUUUUUUUUAAAAGAAGCUGCCACACAUGUUAAAAAUGGCCCUCUUCUAACAAUAUUUUUAUUCACUAUUUUAGUAAUGGACCAGAACUAAAACAACCUAUUAAAAAUAAAGCAGUAUGUCACUAACUUUUCAUCCUUGCUGAUUAAAAUUUGACAGUGCUGAUUUAUUUUGGGAGUGAGGGAAACUCUCUUUACACAAGGACCCAGGAGACAGAAGGGUAUUUUGCCUCACAAAUUGAUCACCUUCGUGGGCAGUCAAUACAAGCCUUGUUAAUGACGCCAUGCAGUGGAAAGGGGCUACAGUUACAGCCUAUUUGCUUGGGUACACAAUAACUUGGGUUAAAUUGCUGUGCACUCCGUGUUUUUAUUCCAACAUGAAUAUGUUUUAUUCUAUUUGUGGGUGAACUUGCAGGCAAAUGUCUUCCCACAACCAUUCUUACCCAUUCUGACUUCACAAUUAUCUAGGAUACCCCUCCUGGAUACACAGAGUGUCUUCGAUCUCUUCAUGGGCUGUGAUUAGUGAAAAGAAGAGCAUCCAUUUUGACAUUUCUCAAGUUCCUGCUCUGAGUGAGUAUUGGCUUUGCAUGUCAGGACUUCCAGCUGCAGUACGAUUUGUCAAAGCUCCCUUGACUUGCAACUCUUCCCAGCCAUCCACUUCGCUCUUAUACCUGCACAGGUUUUCUUUUCAGAGUGUGCUUCUACUGUCCAACUCCUCCCCAUCUGAAGGAGGCAAACUUAGAGAAAUGAUUUGCACAAGGUGAAGCAGGCAUUGUUCUCUGAGGUUGGCUGAUUCUGCCACACCUCUCCAUUGGGGAGGGUUGAAUCCACUAAUGAUGCGCAGAGAUGCCAGUAUUAGUUGCCCCCACCUGAGGCUGCUUGGAAGGAGGCAAGACCAGAGUAGUAACUUGUCUAAGCAACAUAAUGGGCGGCCUCCUCUCUUGGCGGCCGCUGAGACCAUAUAACACUUGUCUUGAAAGACCUACACUGGCUCCCAGUACGUUUCUGAGCACAAUUCAAAGUGUUGGUGCUGACCUUUAAAGCCCUGAACGGCCUCGGCCCAGUAUACCUGAAGGAGCGUCUCCACCCCCAUUGUUCAGCCCGGACACUGAGGUCCAGCCCCGAGGGCCUUCUGGCGGUUCCCUCACUGCGAGAGGCCAAGUUACAGGGAACCAGGCAGAGGGCCUUCUCGGUAGUGGCGCCCGCCCUGUGAAACGCCCUCCCACCAGAUGUCAAAGAGAAAAAUAACUACAAAACUUUUAGAAGACAUCUGAAGGCAGCCCUGUUUAGGGAAGCUUUUAAUGUUUAAUAGGUUAUUGUAUUUUAGUGUUCUGUUGGAAGCUGCCCAGAGUGGCUGGGGAAGCUCAGCCAGAUGGGCGGGGUAUAAAUAAUAAAUUAUUAUUAUUAUUAUUAGUUGGUUGGCUUAUAUGGCUUCACAGGAGGCUUCAAUUUAUUUUACUGUAUUUCUUAUGUCACACUAGCAUGUCCCGACACAAUUUUUGGGAGCUGCCGCUUUUCUCCCUGCUGCUUUCAGGUGCUUGAUGCACGAUGAGAUCUCUUAAUGCUGUUAUCAAACCAUUACAUUUGCUCUGGGUGCAACAGAUCCUUGGGUACGUGUGUGAGAAUGUUGCUUCGUGCAGUUUUGGUGUCAUCUUCUCUCCUGUUCUUGCCCUUUUCUCUCUAACAGAUUGUAGGCGGGCAGGAUGUGGCACGAAGCUCGAAAGCAUGAGCGCAAGCUCCGGGGGAUGAUGGUUGAUUACAAGAAGCGAGCUGAGCGCCGGAGGGAGUAUUAUGAAAAGAUAGUGAGUGUCUCCCUCUUUUGCCUACCCUCCCUUUUUGUCCAGUGUUCCCAAUGAGGGAGUUCUCUGUGUCCCGCUCCUUUCUCUCCUCAUCCUUGAGAAAGGGAAAGGGAAAUCAUGGGGAGCAAGUAGCUCUUGAAUGGCACCAUCUGGCUUCUUCUUAAGAUGUGACUCGUAAGAAUUCUGCCUCUAAGAAUUUGUGCUUAGAGCAUAUGCAGAGGUCACAGGUUUAGUCUCUGCCGUCUCCAGGAAGGACUGGGAAAGUCUUCAUCUGAAGCCCUGCAAAGGAGAGGUGAGGAGCCUCUGGCCCUUCAUUUAGGAAUCAUCUGAAGGCAGCCAUGUAUAGGGAAGCUUUUUAAGGUUUAAUGUUUUACAGUCAUACCUCAUGUUAUGUCCACUUCAUGUUACGUUCUUUCAGGUUACGUCCCGUGGCGACCCGGAAGUACCGGAAAGGGUUACUUCCGGGUUUCCACGCAUGCGCAGAAGCACAAAAUGAUGUCAUGCGCAGAAGCGGCGAAUUGCAACCCGCGCGUGCACAGAUGCACCGCUGCGGGUUGCGCUCUUUUCAUGUUGCGAACGGGCCUCCGGAACGGAUCCUGUUCGCAAUCAGAGGUACUACUGUACUAUGUUUUUCUAUAUGCUGGAAGUCUCAAUCAGAGGUACCACUGUACUAUGUUUUUCUAUAUGCUGGAAGCCGUACAAAUAAAUUAUUAUUAUUAUGUUACCAUAACUGUAACUCCCAUCAGCCCCAGCAAGCAUGACAAAUGGCCAAGGAUGAUGGGAGUUGUAGUUUUGAAGCCACUUCCCAUAAGCAUAGACCAUACUGUGCCAAGAUGAAGCUGCGGUCUGCUUAGGAAUAUGACAGCUUGUUGUGUUGUGCUUCUCUUCCAGAAAAAGGAUCCCGCCCAGUUCCUCCAGGUCCACGGCCGUGCAUGCAAAGUCCACUUAGAUUCUGCUGUGGCUCUUGCAGCUGAAAGCCCUGUGAAUAUGUGAGUAGCUUUCAGCUCUGUGCUGGCAAUGUGGAAGUUUGUCUACUGAAAACGAGUGGGGAGGCUGCCCUUGUCAUGUGAUUCCUCCCCGAGGGUAUUUUGGAAGGACUUCUAACCCCCUUCCCUUGACAUCUUGCCCCUUGCAGGAUGCCAUGGCAGGGGGAUACUAACAACAUGAUUGAUCGGUUUGAUGUUCGAGCCCACCUGGACUACAUCCCCAUGUAUACUCCUCCGCUGCUAAACCCAAUGUAAGGCGUUCAUUUGCUUUUUUUUAUUAUUCUGAGAUGCAUUGCCCCUUGCUUCGGGUCCCUUGCUUUGUUUGCACAAUGAAAUGGUUAAUUGGAAGCUGAAAACAGAGAAAAGAGGAGCUUGGAUAAUUAGGCUUGACGCCUGACUUUAUCAUCCGGAAGGGGCAAGCAAGCGUUAAACGAAAUAGUGGGAUUUCUUAUGUCGGGUAGGUUAAGGCCAGAAUUGUCCAGAAUCUUUGCACAGUUGGGCUAUUAAUAUACUGCACAGUUUGAGGCAACAGAGCCUUGUUGCUAUCCAAGAGAGAUUUGAGGAUUUCCUCUGCCAGAUCAUUGCUGUACUACUUCUGAAGAGGAGGGUGGGCUGGUAUUUUGCUAUUAAAGGACCCAUUUGGCAUUUGAAAUGCCUGCGAGUCUUCUCCAAAAUUGUGCUCCCGUAUUAUGCAAAUGAACAUAAAAUUAUGCAGUCUAAUGGGUAUUCUCUAACUACUAGUUUUUAACCUUCUUUGGUUUUUUUUUUUAAUGGUUGAAAGGAUUGAGGUUUCAUUAUUAAAGUAAAAUGCCCUGGUUGUCUUCAUAUCUAAGUGAUGCAAAAAAUGUGUGCAGGGAUUUCCCUUAGAAACAGCUAAGCAAAUGAAUGGUUACAUGCAGACCUGUAUGUUUUUGCUUAUGCCUUCAUGGAGCAUUUUUCCAUCCUUUUAACAGUUGGCUUUGUAAGCUAGGGUCCAAAGAACCAUGCGAUUAAUCCUGUGAUGCUAAAGGGGUCCCCUUUGACUUCUUUGAACGUGGGGGUGAGGGCCCUUGCUCAGUGGUAGACCAUAUGCUUCACAUGCAAAAGGAAACAGCUGCAAUCUGUGGGCUAGAAAAGUGUCAUUAAAAAAAAGGGGACAAAGAUUAUGUUAAAUUCUAAAUGCACAGCCAGCAACCAGCUUUCAGCAAUGGGUUAGGCACCAUAAGGCAGAUUUGUUCCCUCCCCACAAAUUGUUGUCAUAAUAAUUAGCAUUCUAAUCCCUCUUCCUAAGCCUCUUCCUCUUCCUUCUCCAGUACCCCAGAACAGGAGUCUGAUGAGAGGAAAUGCAACUACGAAAGGUAUAGAGGUUUGGUGCAGAACGACUUCGCUGGCAGUAAGUUCCCUUUGACUUUCUUUCUACUGCUGUAUAGGGCAGGUGUCAGGAAAGAGUAGAGCUUCUGUCCUUAACGUUCUGGCUCAGGUGGCAGUUGCUGCUACUGUUUGCCAAGAAGGCUGAUAAGUUACACCCCAGAUUAUUUUGUAGGUUAGUAACCAGGAAGUACAACUGAUCUGAUUACCUUCUCUUAUAUCCCUUAAAUGGGCAAGAUUGAGGGAGGGCUGCAGUAUGUCAGACCCAUUACAUAGUUUGGAGUCCCCGUGAUCAGGAUAUUGCUGCCUCUCUCUCAUCCCCUCAAUGACAAGAUAAGACACUACUGCCUCCUGCAAAUGCUGGGAGGAGUGGCCUCUUCAGCCGGUGGAGGCAAUAACUCUAGAUGCCAAAAACUCUUCGGUACUCGGUCCAAUUCAGGGAUGGGGGACCAGCCAGCUGAAGCAAACCCCCCAUAAACUGCCUCUCUUGUGUAUGGCAAAUUUGUGAAGACACUUAAACCAGCUUGCCUGAGAGAGAUGCAAGCAUAGGUGUGUUUGCAGAUAGGAACAAAUUCUUGCUUGGUGCAUGCUGAGAGUGGAAGGACCACUGUUGUCACUCUUUGCUUCCCAGCUCCUGCUGAUACCAUCUUGUGUCUCCCCCUAGGGCUGUGGUUUCUUCCUUGAGUGACAGGGGAAGAGAACAUUGGAGUUCUGGAGGCAGGCUGCGGAGAAGCAUUGCUUGACCAGUUUGGGGAGGCUGGUGACAGUUCCUCUCCGCAAACACACCUGCUUGUCUUUUGGCUACGUGCUGCCUGAAAUGGAUCUCUUCAGCUGCCCAUUCCCUUUCCUAGGCGUGUCAGGAUUGGAGGGGAGGGGGAGUCAGCAGAUGGGGAUGGAGGAACAGAGAGUUGUUCUGCCCUCUCAGGCAGUCUUCCUUGCGCUAGACCUGUGGAAUUUCUGGUCUGCUUCACCUCCAUCUCCUCCUCUCUCCCCCCCCCCCCCAGUCUCAGAGGAGCAGUGUCUGUAUCAGAUCUACAUGGAUGAGCUGUACGGGGGACUCCAGAAGCCCAACGAGGACGAAAAGAAGAAGUGAGUGUAUUGGGAAGCUCGACUGAGUUCAGUCAUGGAGGCAGAGCUCAUGAUCCGGAGCCUUUUGUAUGUUUGAGCUGGUUCCUUUCUCCUACCCAGAGGAUUGAGGACAGGUUGAAUGUGUAUGGAACAGGGGUGAGGAACCUUUUCAACUCAAGGGCCACAUUCUCCUCCAUGCAGAGGACACAUGCUAGUGUUGGGUGGGGUCAGGGGAAAAGUGGGUGGAGCAACAAAUGUAGAAUUUACCUUUGCACCAUAGGCUAGUUUGGGGACACACCUACUCACACCUCUCUCUCUGCCCUCCAUUAGGACAAGAGGCAUGAGCAGAGUUCAAGGACGCAAUCAAUCCUGGAAAAACAAUUGAAGGGCAAAGCAGGCCAGUGAGGGUUGUAGUCUGAGGAGAAAUCCAAGGGCCAGAUAAGACACGUGAAGGGCCACAUUUCACCCCUGGGCCUGAGGUUUCCCCCUCCUGCUUUGGAAUAUGACUAGGGCCUUUGUUUUACUCAAAAGCCUUAUGAAGCAGUUCCUUCCGAGAAGAAAUCCUCAAAUUAUUUUUGAAUUUCAGUGGCAACGUGAAUGUAUAUUUUUAUAUUUAGCAGGCCCAGGUAUUCCUUUCCCCCUCCUACUUUUGCAUCUUUGAAAGGUUGCAAAGAGGGGUGUGGCUUGAUGACGGGGAAAAGCUUUAGAAUCCCAGCGCAGGUGUCUGUGCUACAUACUCCAUCCAGCGUGUACUUAAUGGGAGGGGUCUGACCAACUAGGUUAGCAGAGAAGAAGGCAUCCAUUGGCUACACGUACGAGGACAGCACGGUGGCGGAGAUUGAGAACCCGUCUGAGAAGAGAACAGAGGAGGAAGACUCGGAAGAAGACAGCAACACAGAUGAGGAUGAAGUUAUCCCUGAUAUUGGUAUGUUUCCAAGGCCCCCGGGCGUUUGGGAUUGGGCUUUUAGAAAGUCGGGGAUCUGACGGUGCUCCAUUGUCCUCUCCCAGUAUCCCCAGUCUGCCUCCUGCCUUACGAUGUGCUGAACAUGAUGUAUGCUUCCACCCCUAAUCCAUGUGCAGUAGGUGGUGGUCUGUGGGAGAUGGGGACCUGUAUUCUUUCCCAAGAGCUAUCUGCUGCCGCAUGCAUUUUCCCCCACAGCCACACCACCCUCAGCCACUUCUCCCAGAGUUCUCCUGCCACUGAGGAUGCGAUCCUACGCAUACUCACCUGGAAGUAAAUUCCAUUGAACUCAGUAGGGUUUGCUUCCGAGUAGACAGGUUGAUUUGACGAUGCAGAAUCGCCGUAUGGCGUUGGCUUGGAUAGCUUUAUAAUAACUAUAAUAACUAUAAUAACAUAUUACGUUCGUUAGUCGCUUCAUGCGCAAAAAAAGAGGCUCAGGGCGACUUUAACAAGGUAAAAAUACAAAUGGGUAAAAUUUAAUGCAGUUUAAAACCCACAGUGCAAAAUAUCUGAAAUACUCAUCUGAUAACAUAAAGGGGACAAGUUGUACCCACCCCUCUAAAAGAUGAGGCCAGUUUAGUUGCCAUAGACCUAAGGGAAGAAAAAGUUCUUAGCCUGGUGCCUGAAAACUGAUAAUGAAGGCACCAGGUGUGUUUCCAUAGGGAUGGGAAAAAUCAGUAGAAGAGAAAUCUCACAGAGAACAUUAUCCCUAGUUAAAUGAAGGUCCUCAGUGUGCAGCUGCCAACUGGCUCCCUUAUGUUGCUUGCAGAUGUUGAAGUCGAUGUAGAUGAGCUGAACCAGGAGCAAGUGGCUGACCUGAACAAGCAGGCAACCACCUAUGGGAUGGCGGAGGGAGACUUUGUCCGGUAAGAUGCCUGUGCUGUCGGGGCUCCUGAGCUUCUCCUCUGCAUCAUCAGCCAGGCGUUUCCGUGGCGUUGGGCUUGUGCAGUGGCUGAUGCAUCACCUAGGUUACCUCGCAUGGUACCCAGCCUCUUAUUUUUAAGCACCGUGGGUGACAAGAAGUUGCCUGCAGGAGGGGUAGAGUAUUGCAUCCUUCCUCUGUGGCCAGCAUGGAAAUGCAGCAGGUUGAUUUAGGAAGGUCUGGAGCUCUCUGUCUCUUCUCUACAGGAGACUGGUAAAACUCUUUGCAGGCCAGUGACUUCAUGGGUUUAUUUGCAAGGCGGCUGGGUAAUGUCAUGGAGCUGAGAAAAGGUGCUGAAAAGGGCACCCAACAUAAUUUAAGUUGUAGACCACCUUCCCCAAGACAGAAGCUUAUAAAAUUAUGAAAGGUUUAAAGAGUGGAUAUGUAAGCUCACCAUCACCAUGUCCUUUGGGGUCAGCCAAGGAGCUCUGGCAAUUUGGUCAGGGCAGGGGAGAGGAAUUUCUUCUUCUGUGAAGGCAUAAGUAACCUGCAAAAUGUGCACCUACUGGCCGUGUUGAAUACCUACUAACUUGGAUAGCCAGUGCUGCAGAUUAUAGCUCUCGUCCGCUCUAGCCAGCCUAGCCAAUGGGAGUGGUGGUUCAGAACUACCACACUGGCUACUGCUUGCCAAAAGGGAUUAGGUAGAUUUCUUAAGGAGAGGUCUGUGAGUGGCUGUUGCCCACAAUAGUUAAAUGAAACCUUCAUAUUUAGAGACGGUCUCCCUCUGAAUACCAGUUGCUGGGGAACAAGCCAGGGGAGGAGGGCUGUCACCUUUUCAAGUGGUCUAGGUUCUGCUUGAAAGAGUCUCCACCCUUAAGAGCGGCUGUUGCCUUCUCUUUGACUGGCUGCUGCUGCUGGACUUCAACCUGGUGCCCGCCAUGUGUUUUGGGCUACACCUUCCACCAGACCCAGCCAGCCAUGGCUGAUGGAAGGCGGCAGUUGUAAUAUUAAAACAUCUGGAUUGGGGAAGGCUGACUUAGCUGAGCCUAAGAUGUGACCCUGUAGGGCUCAUUUCAUGGGGUAAAAACGCUGUGCUGCAGAAACCAAGCAAGCAAACACCUCGUAAUUCAGAACUUGCCCCCCUCUUUCUGACACCACAUGCAUAAAACGUGUAGAUCCAUGUUAGAAAGCUUUGGACUGUCAGCUGUAAGCUACAUGAUACUGGCAGUAGCGUCUUUCCCUUGCAGUCGGGAGUUAUUCUGCUGUCUGUAAUGUCAUUGAGGUUAUCACAGGGCCAGUUGAGGGGGACAGGUACUAGAAGUCUGUGCUUAGGGGAACAGCAGCCCUUUCCCCCUUGGUUGGGGGGAGGGAAUGGGGGAGGAGAGCCUGGUUUUAGCAGUAAUGGCUGAAUUAUUACUAGGCCUAAGCUUGCCACUAGGCUCUUGCCUGCCUUUUGAGUUAGACAUGAGACCUUGUACCAAAUUGAGGGUGAUUUUUUGGAGUGGGGAGCCCUGAAUGUGUUGGUAGCAGUUAGAAUAGCUGCUGCAAGGCAUUGGAAGGCCUGUGUCCCCCACAAAUCUAAGCAUCCCUGUCUUUCUCCCACCUGCCCCUUCCUCCCCUUGUUUCUGAAAGGAUGUUGCGGAAGGACAAGGAGGAAGCAGAAGCCAUCAAACAUGCCAAAGCCUUGGAGGAGGAGAAAGCCAUGUACUCGGUAUGGAAAGUUGGGGACCUGGGCAGUUCUAAGAAGCCCUCUCCAUCUUGCCUACCCCGUCUCGCUACCCCAAGGGAUCAUCUGUGAUUCCCUCUAUUUACGACUGACUGGACCAAGAGGUUCCUCUUGGUUAAACAGCGGGGAAAACUUUAGGAUCAAUUCCUCAUGGAAGCAUGCUUGGGGUGUGGGUGGGAUACCCCCCCAAAAACCCAAUUUAUUCCAGGAAAAACAGAAAAUGGGAGCAUUUUCUGGGCCUCCCUCUUGGCGUGGUGGACUCUCUCGUGACUAUCCCUCUUUCCAGGGCCGCCGCUCUCGGAGACAGAGGAGGGAAUUCCGAGAGAAGCGUUUGAAAGGAAGGAAAAUCAGUCCUCCGAGGUAAGCCUUUUUGAAGAUGGGGGCUCAAUUCAGCCGCCGUCGAGCCUAGGCAUUUCUGUCUCUCCACAAGAGUUGAGAGGGAGCACCUGGGAAUGCUUUUCCCUUUGUCCCGCAUGGCAGCUCAGGGCCCUGGGUGAGGGCCGUGCAACAAGGGCAGCAUGUAUGACAGCCUCUGCAGGGAGGAAAGGAUGCUGAGGCACGGCUGGGGCAAAAAUAGGCUGUGCUCCUUGAGUUGGGCUGAAGCAUUUGCUGAGAGGUUGGGCCUUUGCAAGUCUCCCGUGAUGCUUCUGUGAUUCUAGAACCGGUGCCAGUUUUGUCCUCAUUUAAUCCCCUAUCGUUGCAGUUAUGCUCGGAGAGACAGUCCCACCUAUGAUCCUUACAAACGGUGAGUGGAUGCAGCUGCCCCUCCCCCAGAUGUGCUGGUGGGUGUCUGUACUCUUGGAGUAUCACAUACCUGCACACAAUGGGCGCACGGUUUCUCUGGUGGGGUUUCUAAAACAAACAAACAAACAAACAAACAAACAAACAAACAAACAUGGGCUGUUCCCUGUCAACCAGACAGCCGAAAUGUGGUGUUUGCAUAGUUUGAGGCACCCUUGCUGCUGUAAAAGGCUGGAAGUGGAACAUUGUAUAGAGCAUAACGUGGAACAUUGGGAUAUAAAGGCCAGCAAGACAUGGACUGAGCACAGUUGCAGCAGAUGGCAUGGAAUUUAGGCUGGAUAUUCUGCUGCCAGCUCAUGUUCCUCCGUAAUCCUUGGGUUGAAGGGGAGGUUUUCAUUCGCAUUCAACAAAACAUCUGUACAGCGGAACCUCGUGUUAUGGACGGGAUCCGUUCUGGAGGCCUGUCUGUAACAUGGAACUGACACGAGCCAAAGUGCUGCGUCUGUGCAUGCGCACGGUGUGAUUUAGCACCUCUGCGCAUGCGCGAGCAGUGAAACCUGGAAGUAACCCAUACCGGUACUUCCAGGUUGCCGUGGGACACAACACGAAAACACAUAGCCUGAAACGGACGCAACAUGAGGUAUAACUAUACUUGCAGAACACAUGCUAUCUCUGUGUGUGUUUCGCUUUGUUUAGAGAGAGUUGGGGCCCAGUGUGAGGCAAAUAACUCUGAGUUGCCUUGCGGGGGGGAACUCCACGCUGAUGGCUUUGUGUUUUGUCCAAGGUGGUUUUGCUCCCCAGCUGUUUCCUAAGCUUCAUUGCACCACAGAGUUUGCUAGUGUUGCACUAAGCCCAGCUUGGGCUGCCUUCCAGGGGCUUGGCCCAUCCUCUACCACAUAGGUGGGGAGAAAGUAGCUGGUAGUCCACUUAGUAAUACCUGCUGGUUGCUGGGCCUCUCUCAAAAGGACACUGAGCUAGGUGGGUUUUGGUCUGUUCAGACAAGAUACGUCCACAAGCAAGACUGCAUCACUCAGAUGGCUUUGUGCAGAUCAGGGAUGCUCAACGCUCCUGAACACCUGAGUUUUGCAUCCCUAAAUCUUGUUGGGGUGUCUGGUAAAGAGCAAGUGGAAUGCGCAGCUGCUCUGUUCUGCUGCUCAUAACCUGCAGUUGAUUAUCUGCCUUGAUCCGUCAGAUCGCCCUCGGAAUCCACUUCCGAGUCCCGUUCCCGCUCUCGCUCGCCUUCCCCGGGUCACGAGGAGAAGAUCACCUUCAUCACCAGCUUCGGGGGAAGUGACGAAGAGGCAGCCGCCGCCGCUGCUGCCGCCGCCGCCGCUCAAACCGCAGGAGCUCCCAGGAAGCCCGCCUCCCUCGGCAAGGCACGCUCCAGCCAAGUGCAGCAGGGCAGCGCUGCGGCAGGUCAUAGCGCCUCCUCCCGGUCGGUAACUUUCGUACCUGCCUCGCUUUCCCAAACCUUAAAGCAGAGACCAUUCCAGGGUCAAAGGUUGACUUCUUAUUUUCUUUCCCAUCCUCCCUGACUGCUCAGAACCUUGACCACCAACUUUUGGGAACUUUGCAUUCCCACUGGCCUCUCCUGUGGGCCAAUCCCCACAAAGCCAAACUGUUCGUUGCAGAGUCUCCCUGGGAAAUGAGGGGAAGUAUAGAUUCCCUUCUUCCUGUGGAAUGCUGGGAAACCUAAGGGUGGUUGGUCCAAGGGAUGUUAAGGUGGGCGGGGUCAGCCGUGGUUUGUACCAGGGGGAGAAUAUGGGGCUGGGGUUUUUCUUUCUGGCUCAUCUUGUAUCUCUCCAACGAGAACAGCAGUAGCUGCUGUUGUUUCACUGAAGGAAGCAGGAAGGUCAGAGACCCUGUGUGGCUGCCUUGAGUUAAAAUGGGCCCUGUUGUACUUUUUGGUUGGGGCAUCCCAGAGCCCUGGGUUGCUGGUUUACUGCAAGUUGAAACAUAAAAUUUUGUAAACAGACAAAAUUGAAUACUGCAAAAGGAUGAGGUGGUUAACUUGUAGGCUGUGUCCCAUAAGAUUGCAGGUGUGGAAAUGGUUUUAAAGGUUGGGGAGAAAGGAUCUAGGCCACCUUUCUCCCUGCCACGCCAGUUUCCCACGGGAAGGGAUUUUUUUUUUUUAAGUCUGAAGUGGUAUAUCCCAGGUCAACCACCUCAAUAGGAGAACUAGACCAUAGAUUUGGUAUUAGAACAGUGAAAUCACUAACUGCUAGCUUGGGGACGUAACCGGCAAAACCACAAUUGCAUAUUGGAAGCAUUUGUUCAGUCUUUCACUGCUCAGAGAUUUGGGAGGCUGCAAGAAUCCGUACAGUUUAGUCAUUGGCCCACCCCCCCAGUCUCUCCCUCUGAAUCUGUUUCCAUGCAGAUCUUUUCCAUUGAAAGCUUUUUUCCAUUCAUGGAGAGGUAAAAGUUGGCAUGAUCAGGAAUGGAAUGGAUGCCGAGCUGCCGCGAGUUUACAGUGAGAUCUGGCAGUAACCCAGCAUCCCACAGGGUCUCCCAAACCCUUCCUGCUCCUCUGGUGUGCUCUGCUUGCUGCAGCACAAAGAGAGGAAGUUGAAGAUGUGAAUGUUUUGAGCUCCGGCACUGUAGUUGCUAAUUUGGAAGCUUCUGUCUCUACUUGCGGACCCGUCAGCAGGACUUGGGUCUUGGCCUCCCGGGGUGUCUUCCUGCACCUUCUCGUCUUCCCUGCCCCCCCCAACUUUCCCCACACCUGCCGAUCUGCCUGCGCCGUGUGAAUAUCCAGCGCCGUGACUCUCCUCUUUCCAGGCGACGCUCCACCUCCUCCUCUUCCUCCUCCACGUCGUCGACGUCCUCGUCCUCCAGCUCGCGUUCCAGCUCGCGGUCUCACCGGGCCGGGGGUUAUCACAGAGCUAGCCGCUACGGCCGCUCGCGCAGCCACAGGUACUCCCGGUCCCGAAGCAGAACGAGGCGCUAUUCGGCGGGAGGCUCGCGGGAUGGCCGGCGCCACUCCAGAUCUCGCUCCCCUGAGCGGGGCUGGCGAUACGGCUCCCGCCGCAGGUCCAGGUGAGUCUGAGGAGCUCCUGAUAUUUUUGGGGGGGCGGGGAAGAGAGAGAGAAAUCGAUUCCCAACAACAUGCUUCUUCUGUCAUCCCUAGAAGCCAUUCACGGUCUGGAGAACGCUACCGGUGGAGCAGCGGCAGGGGAGGGAGGCACUGGAGUAGCAGCCGCAGCAGCCGCAGCGACAGCGAGUCACGGAGCCGCAGCCGGUCAGCGUCUCCAGCCAGAGAGAAACUGCUGAGGCCUGUGGCUUCCCCAGCUGUAGGGGAGAAACUGAAAAAGUGAGCAAGGGGUGCACGCUGGUUUGAUUGGAGUACAGGGUCGGGUUUAAGGUGCUGGUUUUGGCCUUUAAAGCCCUAUGCAGCCUAGGACCCUUGUACCUACGGGACCGCCUCUCCUGGUAUGCCCCAUGGAGGACCUUAGGUAAAGGUAAAGGGACCCCUGACCGUUAGAUCCAGUCGCGGACGACUCUGGGGUUGCGGCGCUCAUCUCGCUUUACUGGCCGAGGGAGCCAACAUACAGCUUCUGGGUCAUGUGGCCAGCAUGACAAAGCCACUUCUGGUGAACCAGAGCAGCGCACGGAAACGCUGUUUACUUUCCCUCCGGAGUGGUACCUCUCUAUCUGCUUGCACUUCGUGCUUUUGAAAUGCUAGGUUGGCAGGAGCAGGGACUGAGCAACGGGAGCUCACCCUGUCACGGGGAUUCGAACCGCCAACCUUCUGAUUGGCAAGCCCUAGGCUCUGUGGUUUAACCUCUCCUGGUAUUCUCCGUGGAGGACCUUACAGUCCACAAAUAACAACACUUUGGAGGUCCCGAGCUGGAAGGAGCUUAGAUUGGUGUCAACCAGGGCCCAGGGCCUUUUCAGUACUGGCCCCAACUUGGUGGAACGCUCUGUCGCAAGAGACCAGGGCCCUGCGGGAUUUGAAAUCUUUCCGCAGGGCCUGUAAGACAGAGCUGUUCCGCCUGGCCUUUGGUCUGAGCCUUAUGUUUCCCUCCCCUUACGGUUUUGAUUUAUGGGCUACUACUAAAAUGAAGCUGCAUUUUAAAUCGUAUUUUAACCCGUAUUUUAAUUAACUGGUUCCCCCCCCCCCCCCAUUACGUUUUAUUGUAAUUUUAUUGGUGUUAGCUGCCCUGAGCCUGGUUCUGGCCAGGGAGGGCGGGGUAUAAAUAAAAAAGUUAUUAUUAUUAUUAUUUCAAUUUAAUGUUUGUAGCCUGCUUUUUCCUACAACAAUUGUUGAGCUCAGGGUGGCUCACAAAAGAAUUGCAAUAGCUCUGGCAAGCAACAAACACUGCAGUCACUGCAGUAUCAAGCACAAUAGUAUAUCAACCUGGAAAAGGAACCCUUCUAGGAGAAGGAAGACUCUGAUCUGAAACCUGUGCUGCCUUGUGGGAUAUUUUCGGGAGAAGGAAAGGCUAAGGAGUAAACCCUACACAAAUCCAGACGUUCAUACCCCUUCCUGUCCCAGAGUGGGCACCCGUCUUUCUUCUGCUGCUGUAACAAAUAUAACCAGGUUUAUCUUCUCUCCCUCCCUUUUCUCCAGGGCUGAAACUGCCGGUGGUAAAGAGACAGGAGCUGCCAAAGUCAGUAAGAAUUUAAACCUCACCUCUUAAUUUCCAUCACUGCAGAAAAAGACUCAGGGAAACUUAAUAGAGAUGCAGGGAAAAUAAAGUGUUGUUGUUUUUUAGAGUUCGGAUGGCCACACUUGACUGCUUCAGACGUGGUCAGAAACGUAGCUAUUGAGCACCUCCUUAGGGUGCUACCAAACCAGGAAGCCGUCUUUUAAAUUUGGGCCUUGUCAGGCUAGUGUUGAGGGGGUUGGGUCUUCAGGGAAGUUUGUGUUAACGUUGGGGUUUAACUUUUUGGUAUUGCCAAAGGGGGUGGGUGGGUAGCUGCUUUGGAGGGGGGUUUCCUGACCUGGUCUAGAAUCUAAUACCGGGGGUUGUCUCUUUGGGGGAGUCAGUCUCUCUCUCUCUCUCUCUCUCUCUCUCUCUCUCUGUGUGUGUGUGUGUUUGUGAAUGCAUGGGUUUACCUGUUAACUUGGAUUUCUCUCUCUUGUUGACACUUGUACAUUAGCCUGCCCUUUUGCACUGACCCUGCCAUGCAGCCCUAGCUUCUGGUGGUUUCCUCUGUUGGGACCAAAACCAGAUCUUGCUUCUCCUGGAAGCCUUUUCCUUCCGUGUUUUAUGGCUCCGUUUCCCCUGAAAUGCCCUGCCUGUUCCCACCCCACCGCAUGGGAAACCAGUGUGCAUAUAAAGAAACAUGGCGGUGCUGCUGAGCUGCCUUCCUACCCAACUGUGAGCCCGUUGGGAAAGCAUCUGUCAUGGGAAAGCCGGGUGGAGUUGUGUCUUGGGCCAGUCUCAAUGCAUCCUUGUCCCUGGCGGUUGGGGCGGUUUAGGACUAUGGGUAGAUUUACUCCUCCUCCUUCAUUUAUUAAAUUCCUCAUACCCUGCCUUUCUUCGGUGGGCUCAAGGUAGCUAACAGUGUAUUAAAACAACAAAAGUUUCAGAAACCAUUUAGGAGAAAUAAUAACCAAAGCAGCAAUGAGAUAUUGAAAAAUAGAGGGAAAAAAUGAAAAAGCAACAGCUGUCACAUGCCCUUUCCCCACACAACGUCAUCCAAAAGCGUUUCCCCCCCAAGCCAGGCCUUAAAGCUGAUGUUAGGGAUUGCUAACAGGGUGCCCUCCAGAUGUUUGAUUCGUCUCGAGUGGCUUUCCGUGGACUAUCCUGGAGUAACGCCUCCUCAUCCUUGGUUCAGUAUCCAAGGAGUGACCUGAAAGUGUUGGCAACCUCUGGCACAACCAAGGACCUCUUUUUGAUCUGGGUUAAGAGAAACACGUAGACAGUAUCCCCUGCUCUCGAUACAAAUUGAGUGGGCAUUCAGUCCCAGAGAGAGCCACUGGGAGCUGUGAGUGACCCCAGUGUGAGCAUUUCUGACAUCUCAUGGAAUUCCCUGAGCAUUUAAACAAUGGGGUAUGGUGUCAGCAAGACAGAUUUGAGGUAUGGAUGGUGGCAUUUAUGCGCGCAGGAGGUUUUUAGCCCUAGCUCAAGCCACUGCACGACUGGAGGGAGUUUUCAACAGCACUACGUUUGUUAUCUCAGUUACGGUGUCCGCUUGCUCCCUCAAAGAUUGUGCUUCUCCUAGAAAUGACUCCUGCCUACUUUUGGUGUCCGUGGCAGAGCACAGCCACCCCUGCUCAAACGUUGUUUGCUUUCAACUCUUAAGGCAUGAAAAGUUGGUAUAGAGCUUUAAAAAAUCAAUGCGGAAAACCACAGGUUCACCUUCCAGAGAGAUCGGUUAUCCAAGCAGGCAGCUGAGCCAUUGGGGAGGUUGGGGUUGUCUGUGAAAUUUGAUCUUGCUUGGGCUGGAGCCUAAAGCAAAGGACGCUACUUGCUAGCCGAUUUCCUUGUUGGAAUUUGUAGGGGAAGAAACUACUUGUAGACCUGAACGAUGCUUGCAGCUCUUCAGAAGCUCAAGGAAGGAAGCGAAACCUCUCGAUUUUAGGGCAUAGUUUAACAAAUCUACUGUUUCUUUCCCCAUCUCUCAAAGUGUAAAGCCAGGUCUCCCAAGGCAAAUGUGGCUUUAUUGUCUUUUCGCAGCUUAUUUAACUCUUCUAGUUCAAGUUCUCUUUGUUUUAAACUGGGCUUGCUCAGGGAGUGCCCUUGGGCUAGUUUUCUUUAUGUCUGGGCAUGUCUUUGAGAAGUAGUAGUAGUGGUUGGAAUUGAUGCUCACAUGUCCCUACUUUGGCAUGGAAAGUAGAAAUGUGGGGGGUGGGAGUCCAGUGAAGGGCUGCUUAUCCUGGCUCGUGGGGGUGCAGCUGGUGGCCCCAUAGUCCACGUUCUUCAAACAGUGCAAACGUAUGGGAACCUCAUCCUGAGAGCCAUCCCAUCAUGGGUGACAGCAGAGGACUGGCUGAACCACAGUGGGGAUCCUUGCUCAUUGACUGCAGCACCCAGCCGCGACUUGCUUGGGUGCAUUUGGACCCUGAGGCAGAACUGUCCCAUCUCCCAAUGAGAUUUUCUCCCAACAGUAUUUUCCCGGUGAAGACAAUUAACACACUUGGUCGAGAGUCACCAAGAGGUUUCAGGUUCUGAAAGGCUAAACUUCAGACACUUAAUGAAGAGUUGGGUGGGGCAGGGCUUGUUUGCUUGUGUCUGGUGUUUUGGCUUUGUUUUAGCAAUCACGAGUGCUAGAACCUUGGCUUUUCUUCUUCUUUUUAGAUGGAAAGGUGGGGGUUCUCGGGGCUUGUGGUUGGGGUGGGGUACUGCAUACCAGAGACCUCGGAAGCACCACACAGAGGAUGUUGGGAACCCCUGUGUUCUCUUGAGGAUUAACCCAGCCACAGGAAGGAGUGGAGGAGAAGCAGAUGGAAGCCCACCUUUGUAAAGAACCCUUCGAAAGUUAUUGGCCUUAACAUUUUUACUGGCUGCCUACGAGAUGCAAAAUUCAGCUCUCCGGCCUGCCCUUUUCAAGGCCAUUGAGUACCAGCAAACAUUAUCCAUUGACUUGGAUGCCCAGUCGCCGUGACUGUCUGCUUAACAAGCUUGUUGGGGUUGGAGUGGAUUUCAGUACCCUGUCAAUGUGUGUUAAGUUGAUUCCUUGCAUCUUCCCUACCGCCACCUCCUUGGGAAUGGCCCAGUCUAGAUUGCCAGGGACUGUUUUCCCUUCCUGCAGGCUCCAGCUUCCUUUUCCGCACCUGAAACGCUCCUCCUUUAAAAAAAAUAAUCCUCUUCAGUUGAAAGCGCCUGGCUCCUGAUCGUUACAGGCAAAGGAGCCCAUAGGCCUCAGUUGGCUCUCCUACUAUAUAUCCUGGGGAGAUGGCCUCCCUCUUCUUGCUGGGGGAAGCACAGCCCCCUUGAGCAGGGUGUGCUGCUGGUGAGUCCCCUGGAACUCAACCUACUCUUCCUUGCUUGAAAGUGGGACUCUGGUUCAUGGCUGUCUUGAAGUCUCUCUUUUCCUCCCUCCAGAUGUUGUGUGCAGAAAUACAUUAUAUAGGGUCCCUCCGCCAAGGCCCUUUUCUCCCCAUGUAUGCCUUCUCCCAGACUCGUUUGACUGUGAGUUCAGGCCAAGGGAGGGGCAACCUCUUAACACCUUUCUGUUUGCCUUCCGCUUGUAGCCAAAGCUGACCCCACAGGAGAAGCUGAAGCUGCGUAUGCAGAAGGCGCUUAACCGGCAGUGUAAGCAUCUGGGCUGGAGGACGCUGGCUGGGGCGGUGGGAGGGCGACACAGGGGAGCCAUCUCCUUCUUUUGACCUGUUUGUUGCACGCGCUCAUAUUCCCCACUCUGCCUCUUCAGUCAAAGCAGAUAAAAAGGCCGCCCAGGAGAAGAUGAUGCAACAGGAACACGAAAGACAGGUAACUGGCAGGCGCACUGAAUUCUGCGGUCUGAAAAGCCCCAUUCUGCAAGUGGAAUAAACUUAAAAUGGAGCUGGAACGGACAAAUGCUAACUGGGAUGCAUAAAAAAUAUUUAUGUACUGCUGUUCAUGAGAAGAAAUCUCAGAGCAGUUUGCAACAAUUAUGCAUAAAACCAUACAAUAAAAACCGUAUAAAAAGUUACAAGUCAGAAGGCAGUUGGGUAUUACGGAAGGAGGCAUUUUUAAUUGUCUGCAGAAACCUGAUGGAUUGGAAAAGUUUUCAGCAGGCAUUUAAAAGUUGAAACCCUUGCUGAACCUCUAUUGGCAGUGUGUUCUGCAGGACCAGGUCGAUGACAUUAAAGGCUGAGUUUCCCGUUGUUGUGUAGUAAGCCUUGCCAGCUCAGUCAGUAGAGCGUGAGAUUAAUCUCAAGGUUGUGACUUCGAGUCCUACGUUGGUCAAAAGGUUUCCUAUAUUGCAAGGGCUUGGGUUAGAUGACCCUCGUGGUCCCUUUCAACUCUAUGAUUCUAAGACAAGGUUGCAACACUAAAGGCAGGGUUCAUAUACAGUGCUGUGCCCUGGUUUCUUCUAACCAUGGUUUCUUCAACAAAAACUACAAGUUGUCUCACAGAUGAGCAAGCAAGCCACAGCUUAUUUCUUUGGUUUCACUUAUUUUCUAACAGCUCUUGCCUUGCACCUUUGUAACUUGGCGAGUUGGCCAACAAACCAUGGUUACACCAGACUGCUGAGGUUCAGACAUAGUGCCAAACCAUACUUAAAAGCAAGCCAACAGAAAAAAGCAUGGCUUCACAUUGUGGUCCGUUGCUACGAGAGUCUACCGGGCUGGGCGUUUGGAUGUUCAAACGAUCCAUAGCGAGUCAAAGCAAACCAUGGCUUUCAAGGAUGCAGAAUUUUAUUCCACUUGCAGAAUUACCAUUUUCUCGCUGCAGAGCGUACCGUUUGCCAAGGUCGCCCUUGGCUUGUCUGCCUUGCGUGGUGUUCACCCUUCGGCUGACUGAUAUGUGCUAUCUCGUCUCUUCCAGGAGCGGGAAGACGAAUUGCGUGCCAUGGCUAGGAAGAUCCGGAUGAAGUAAUGCCUUUUGGGGUUUCCUUGUCCCUCCCGGCACAGAGCAGUGGGGGAGCAUUGGGGGGAGGGAGUGGCUUGGUUGCCUGCCUGCUAAAUCGGCAGCAUUUUUUCUUGGCAGGGAGCGCGAGCGCCGGGAGAAGGAACGAGAGGAGUGGGAGCGACAGUACAGCCGGCAGAGUCGGUCUCCUUCCCCACGUUACAGUGAGUGCCCUGGGGCUGGUGGGAGGAAGAACGCAGUGGCAAUGGGGCUGUUGUGAAGCACUGGAGAAAAGAUCAUUAUUUUGGGGGUCCGACUUUGACAGUGAGGUCCCUACAGAGAUAAAAGAACUUCACCCAGACAAGUAGAGAGGUCUUGGCCAAAACAUUCAUGCCUCAUGAGUACAGUGGUACCUUGGUUCUCAAACGCCUUGGUACUCAAACAACUUGGAACCCAAACACUGCAGACCUGGAAGUAAGUGUUCUGGUUUGCAAAUGUUUUUUAGAACCCGAACAUGCUCCGUUUUGAGUGUUACGCUUCUGUUUUGAGUGUUAUGCUAAGGUCUGUCUGUUUUUGCUAUUUAUUUUGCGUUUUUGCGGUUCUUUUUGCGUGUGUGACUAUGUAGAACCCUAGGGGAUGCAGGUGGCACUGUGGGUUAAACCACAGAGCCUAGGACUUGCUGAUCAGAAGGUUGGCGGUUCGAAUCCCCGCAACGGGGUGAGCUCCCAUUGCUCGGUCCCUGCUCCUGCCAACCUAGCAGUUCGAAAGCAUGUCAAAGUGCAAGUAGAUAAAUAGGUACCGCUCCGGCGGGAAGGUAAACGGCGUUUCCGUGCGCUGCUCUGGUUCGCCAGAAGUGGUUUAGUCCUGCUGGCCACAUGACCCGGAAGCUGUACGCCGGCUCCCUCGGCCAAUAAAGCAAGAUGAGCACCGCCCCCAGAGUCGGUCACCACUGGACCUGAUGGUCAGGGGUCCCUUUACCUUUUUAUAUGGAACCCAGUUCAGCUACUGAUUGAUGGUUUGUGUGACUGCAGUACAUUGUUUAUUGCUUUCUUUUUUGGAUCAAUGGUCUCAUUAGAUAGUAAAAUUCAUGCUAAAUUGCUGUUUUAGGGGUUGUUUUUUAAAGUUUGGAAUGGUUUAAUCCAUUUUGCAUUACUUUCUAUGGGAAAGUGCACCAUGGUUUUGCAACGGACUUCCAGAACGGAUAAAUUUAAGAACCAAGGUACCACUGUACUUCACUGUUUGCAGAUUGACUCUUACUUAAAAAAAACACACACAACUGUCAUAGAAUUGUAGAGUUAGGAUCAUCUAGUCCAACCACCUGCAAUGCAGGCAUCUCAGCUAAAGCAUCCAUGACAGAUGGGCCGUCCAACCUCUGCUCUGACACUGAGGUGGUUGGUAUGCGGUAACAUUGAAUUAGAACAUGAAUUCCACCCUCAUAAAGAUUUAGGUGUGACCAUUAGCAAGAGAAUUUGGUGGUCCCCCAUAGCCGAUUCAUCUCUGACUUGCUUUUCUGCAGGCUUUGGGACCCUGAAAGAAGGAAGCAAAUAUUCCUACCAGACGGUUUGCCAAACCUCUGUUUGCAGGGAGUUCCAUAGAGCAGGGACUGUCCUACAACAAGAGGCUUUGUCCCUUGUAAAGGCUGACCGAACCUCAGGGGCACCAGAGGGUCUCCGUGAUUUUUCUGCUUCUUAAUGGCUCAAGGUUCACAUCCUUUCCUUCCUCCACUGCCCUUGCUAAGAGAUUAACAGGUUUAGCCUAAAUGGGCAAAUGCGGAGAGUUCCAGAAAUGUAAUUUGGAGGUUCUUGACUUUCCCGUUUGUCUUGCAGGUCGAGACUACAGCUCUUCGAGGAGGUAAAUUUUGCUUUUGCUUAUCGACUCUAGUGGCGGAAGGGAGAUAGACGCAGGCCUCUCAUUGAGCUGAUAAGACGGAGCAGAGGUGGAGAUACGGGCACCUUUCAGAACCUGCAUUUCUUCCUCUGAGCUGCCUGAAAUAUUUAAAUAGUUUGAACUUGAGGUCAGCCUGAUCCCUUUCAGGCUGCAGAUGUUCUCCAGCCACUUUAACAGUUUGCAAAGGGUCCUUUGGCACCUUCAAGUCUUCUUAGAUUUGCUAAGGCAUGAGCAAUAUGCUUCCUAUGUUCAUGGGCACAAGCCUACUUUGUUCGGUGCAGGAAAUGAAAUCUCAAGUUGGCAGGGUGUGUGUGUGUGUAUACAGUCAUACCUCGGGUCAAGUAUGCUUCGAGUUGAGCGCGUUCGAGUUGCGCUCCUUGGCAACCUGGAAGUAACGGAGCGCGUUACUUCCAGGUUUCACCGCUUGCGCAUGCGCAGACGCUCAAAAUGACGUCACGCGCAUGCGCAGAAGCGGCGAAAAGUGACGCGUGCAGACGUGCCGUCGCUAGUUACGUUUACCUCUAGAUGCGAACGGGGCUCCGGAACGGAUCCCGUUCAUAUCUAGAGGUACCACUGUAUAUUAUUUAUUUAUACCAGGAAGUCUCAGGGUGGUCCACAGAACUAUAUAUGUAUAGUUGUGCUUGCUUGCGUUUGCACACACAUACACACCCACGUGUGUGAAUAAUUUUAAAGAAGAAAAAUGCAAGGCAGGAGCUGAAUCGCAGUGAGAUGCAAAAAGAAAGAGUUUGUGGUCAUUUGGUCCAAGCUUUCAGAUGCAUGUUCUGUAUUGUCUUUAGCUGUUUCUCCAGCCCUUCCUCCCAAAGGAGGCUGGGGUAGUAAACAACAAAACAGCAAAAACAAUGCAAAGGAUUUUUUUUUUAAAGGCAGAAUAUUUUCCCAGCUAAAUAAUUUUCAGAGUUGCCAAGAAUAAUAUAUUUCAGCCAACAAGCGUCUGGGUGAACAGCAAUGUUUAUAAAUUCUGCCUAAAUAUUAAUAACUAGGGAAACAGUAGGCAUGAGAAGCCUCUGCAAGUGGCAGAGAGGUGAUAACUUAUUUCGGCAUCUCUGGGAUGAUUGUGUCCACAUCUGUCAGGGGACAGGAAGCCAUUAUCUUUAUUAAGACCCAAGUGACUAGUUCUGAACUUAUGAGUUGUCAUUAAGUGCCCUUGAAGUCUCUUUGUACAAGUAACAUGGUUAAGUACAUGGAUAGUAGGAUGUACUUUGCCCUGCUUCCAAGCAGCUUGGUGCAUUGCAGUAUUAGGCCUUCUGAUUUUUUUACUUCCACAAAAACCCAAUAAAAUGCAGCUGACACAGAGGAAGACUUUCCCCAAGGCCAGCCACUGUGGGCUUUGUGGCUUGGCAAUUAAAAGUGCUCAACCACUUCCCCAUAUCAAGUUCAGUGUUCUUAUCUGCUACGUUGUGUUGGCUCUGGCUAGUGCUUAACAGAGCGAUCAUCUACCACCAACGGGAAUUGUGACUUUGUGGGACUCUUACUACCGUAUUUUUCGCUCCAUAAGACACACCUUUUCCCUCCUAAAAAGUAAGGGGAAAUGUGUGUGCGUCUUAUGGAGCGAAUGCAGGUGGGAGGCUCUGCUCAGCGCUCCCUUUAAAGAGCCGUGUGGAGUGUUUCGUGGCUAAGGCGGGAUGUGAACCUUCGCCUCCCAAGGUCCUAGUCUGACAACAGGGGUGCCAUACGGUUUUUCCUCGAGGAGGGAGAAGGGCAGCCUGUCAGUCCCUUCUCCCUCCUUGAGGAAAAGCCCCCAAUAGCCGCACACACACUCCAAGCGGCUCUUUAAAGGGAGCGCGGCUCUUGCUGGCUUUUCCGGGAGGUGGGGGAAGGGACAGAGGGGCUGUCCUGCUGGUUUUUGCGGGAGGUGGGGGAAAGGGACAGAGGGCAGCCCCUCAGUCCCUUCCUCCACCUCCCGGAAAAGCCCCCAAGAGCCGCACACACGCUCCACGCAGAGUGUGAAAGGGAGCGCUGAGCAGCGCCUGGGAUGCAUACAGGCUCUGCUCAGCGCUCCCUUUAAAGAAUUUUUUUUCUUGCAUUCCCCCUCUAAAAACUAGGCGCAUCUUAUGGAGUGAAAAAUACGGUAUAUAGGUUUCUCUUUUAAGUUCACACGUGACCUGUUCUUCUGCCUCCUACAGGCAUUCACGGUCCCGAUCUCGGAGCCCUCAUUACCGCCACUAGAAGCUGUUCCUGGUUCAGUGCCACGCUGCCUGCCUCCCGCCCAGCUGGUUCACCAGGCCUCAUGUAAUCCUGUAAUAACGCUGUACAUUGCUGGUUUUUGUUUCUAUGCUGUCUAAAUAAAUACAUAAAUAAAAAACCAGAAGC